AAAUAGAAACGGAUAUUUGGAAUUGUUUAAUAUAUUUAGUUUUAUCACUUAAAAAAUAGUAACAAACAAACUUAUAGUUUUAUCUACCUUUUUUCAGUAAAUUGGAUGCAAUUUGUUGUGCAAAUUUUUUAAUUCUAGAUAUAUUAUUACAAAUGGAGAGUCUACCGUUAUAUUUAGUAGAUGAAAGAAUCAAGACUUUCAAAAUGUGGCCCUAUAACGAGAAAAACCAGUGUAAUAUUCGUAAUAUGGCAGAGGCAGGGUUCUAUUCAGUUGCUACUGGUAAUGAAGAUGCAGACGCUGCGAAGUGUUUUCUUUGUGGAAAAGAGUUAGAUGGUUGGGAACCCAGCGAUGACCCUUGGGCAGAACACAAAAGUCACGCAGCUAAAUGUGCCUUUGUACAAAUAGGGAAGAAGGAAGAUGAUCUAUUGCUAUCAGAGUUCCUUUCUAUUGUAAAACAAUAUAUGAUCAAUAAGACAAAGCAGUUAGCAGAAGUCACAAAGGAACAAAUUGAGGAAAAAUCCAAGACUAUUAGAAGACGAUGCAUAACUAGAAAGUGAAUAAUUAAGAUAAAUGUACAUUAAGAUUGUGUAAAGUAUUGUUUAGUGAUUUUAACUGUAUGUAAACAAUAAAACUAUAUUUUUUUAAAUUGAGCUGUAAUAUUUUAUUUUAAAUACAAAUAUUCAUGGA